AUGGAAGUUGCAUAUUACAUUCGGUUGACAGUCUCAUUGAAAGUGACUCGGUUUCUCUUAAAGCAAGGAUUAUCUUUUUGUGGACAUGAUGAGUCAUGUAGUUCUUCACAUCGAGGUAAUUUUAUUGAGUUGCUUCUACGGUUUAGUGAACUUAACGAUGAUAUAUCCAAAACUUUGUUUGCAAAUGCCCCUGCUAACAAUCAAAUGAAUUCACCACGAAUUCAAAAGGAAUUAGCAAACGCUUGUGCUUCAGAGGUCACACUUGCCAUAGUUAAUGAUAUUGGAGAUAAAGUUUUCACUCUUUUGGUUGAUGAGGCUCGAGACAUUUCAAUGAAGGAGCAGAUGGGAGUUGUUUUAAGAUAUGUGAAUAACGAAGGAUAUGUGAUUGAGCGAUUUAUUGGAAUCGUGCAUGUAACUGACACUUCCUCUCAUACUUUGAAAUGUGCUAUUGAUGAUUUAUCGGUGAAGCAUAAUUUAUCUAUAUCUAAAGUGAGAGGGCAAGGAUACGAUAGAGCUUCUAAUAUGAGGGGUGAGUUUAAUGGAUUGAAAUCCUUAAUAUUGCAAGAAAAUCCAUAUGCCAUGUAUAUUCAUUGUUUCUCUCAUCAACUCCAAUUAAUUAUUGUUGCGGUUGCCAAGGGUAUUAGAGUUGUGAAGGAUGUUUUUAGCUAUGUCUCCAUGAUUGUGAAUAUGGUCGGGGCAUCUUGUAAGAGAAAAGACCAACUUAGGCAGUUGCAACAUGACAGAUUAGUUGAACAACUUAAUGAUGGAGAAGUCAUAAGUGGAAGAGGUAAAAAUCAAGAAACUAGUUUGGUACGGCCUGGAGACACUCGUUGGGGCUCACAUUACUUUACAUUGCUUCGUCUAUGCUCUAUGUGGUCUUCGGUUGACAAAGUGUUGGAAGUUGUACUGACGAUGCUAUUCUCCGUGAUAACAGAAGUACCACUGAAAGAUUGA